GCAAUGCGCGUGUUAAUUGUCACCCGUGAAACUAAAGACCCAACGCUGUUGUCUUUCCUUUUGCCAGAUCGAUUUGAAAGAACCAUUGAAAGCUUUCUUGUAGAUUGGUUUCACUGGACCCAGAGAUAGACGGCUAAAUAAUGGAGACCAAGAUGUCGGCAAAGAGUUUUCGCGUGAGCGACGGGGACUGGAUUUGCUCAGAUAAAAAGUGUGGGAACGUUAACUUUGCCAGAAGAACAAACUGCAACAGGUGUGGCAGAGAAAAAACAACUGAAGCUAAGAUGAUGAAGGCAGGAGGAACAGAGAUUGGAAAGACUCUUGCUGAAAAGAGCCGUGGCCUCUUCAGUGCUAAUGACUGGCAGUGUAAAACCUGUGGUAAUGUGAAUUGGGCCAGAAGGUCGGAGUGUAAUAUGUGCAAUACUCCAAAAUAUGCCAAGCUGGAAGAAAGAACAGGCUAUGGAGGAGGAUUUAAUGAGAGAGAGAAUGUAGAGUAUAUUGAACGUGAAGAUUCAGAUGGGGAAUAUGAUGAGUUUGGCCGUAAAAAGAAAAAAUACCGUGGAAAGACUGGUUCCAAGGGUUCCCCAGAAGAGAAGAAAAAAGCUGUGGUAGCAACUGCAGUGGAGGAGGAUGAGGAUGAUGAGGAAGAUGAUGAUGAUGAUGAUGAGGAUGGGGAUCUUUCAAAAUACAAACUAGACGAUGAUGACGAUGAAGAAGAUAAAGAUGAUGAGGAUGAAGACGAGGCUGAUCUUUCCAAAUACGACCUGGAUGCCAGCGAUGAUGAAAAAAAGCAGGAGGCUAAAAAGGGGAGCAGCUCAAAGUCUGUCUCCUCCCGUUCUCGCUCGUCCUCCCGCUCCUCUCACUCAAGUUCGCGGUCCAGGUCCAGAUCCCGAUCAAGAAGUUCCUCCAGUUCCAGAUCAGGAUCUCGCUCGAGUUCCAGAGAUCGUGCUCGAUCACGCAGGUCUAAAUCAAGAUCCAGCUCCAGGUCACGCAGGGGGUCUUCCUCUCCUCGAAAAAGAUCUGGUUCAAGUUCCCCAUCAUCAUCUUCACCUGACAGAGGCAAGAAACGAAGCCGCUCCAGGUCUUCGUCUUCUGGUGACCGAAAAAAAAGACGCUCAAGAUCUCGGUCUACAGAAAGACCCCGUAGAUCGUCUUCUGGAUCAUCUCACUCUGGCUCCCAAUCCUCAAGUUCUAAAAAGAAAUAAGUUAAAACCAGGCAUUUUCAAACCAAUAUAUUUUAGAAAAUGCAUGGUGUGUUUUAAAGAUACAGAUGUAUUGUUGAAUCUUAUGUCAUGCUGUUUAUACUUCAUCAUCUUUUGUGGUGAUACACCCUGAAUGGUCUAUUGAAAAUACAGCAGUGGCAUGUCUGUCCUUGCUCUUAGAAACUGCAACUUCUUUUCCUCAUAUCCCAUGCAGUAAUGUUUUAAGGUUGUUUUUUUUUCCUGUUUUUACUUCCAUCAACUAUGCAAAAAGUGAAUGAAUAAUUAAUCAUAAACCACCUUGACAGUAUCAAAGAAAUGCAUGCAGUUUAACACUUGACAACAAUUUAACAUAUUUAGUAGUAUCUUGCAGGAGGGUUAGAUUCAGUCUACGACCAAAUUCAGAUUGUAUACUUUAAGAGCAUAGGGCAAAUCUAAUAAAGCGUUUCAUUGAAUUUAAUCCCACAAACAAUUGCGCACUCUAAAACAUGAUUACAUUUUUUUUAAAUGUCAUUUAUUUGGCACUUUUUUUCCUGAAUCUUGUAUUGACUUGAUAAUCUUGGAUUUCCUUAAGGUAAGUAUUUAAGAUUGUGUCUUUUUCUUUUUAUUUUGUUGUUUGUGCAGGCUUUUUUUUUUUUUAAAUUCUAAAAUAUGAAAUUCUUCCAGAUAACAUUACUGUUUUUCAAAGCUGGGAUUAUAGAAGUUGUUAGCAGGCCUCUGACCAUAUCAGCUAAUUUGCAGCAUCUCUCUUGAGCAAGGCAAACCAUAUACAUUUUAACUUCUCCAUAUUCUGAAUUUGCCAAAAAAAAAAAAAAAACUUUUACUGCUGGGUAAAAGAGACCCCAUAUAAACUAAGAGGCAGUUAAUUUAGAAUUGUGUUGGUAUUUUUUUUCUUAAUUUUUUUUGCUGUAUUUUUGUUUUAAUUGAAGGCUCAAGGUAGUUAAGUCACACAUCCUGAGCUUUCUUCUGAGUAACGGCAGUAAUAGCAUCCAAUUUAGUUUUGUCUUUUGGUUCGUACAAUGAAAUGGCAUUGUAAACAAAAUGUAAAUAAAAAAAAAUGUCAGCA